CCAGGACCCCAGGACCGUGACAGGUCCCACGCCCUAAGGUUGCAGAGCUCACGGAGCCCUGAGCCGGGCACACACGGGUCGGCGGGAAUCUGGACGCGCGCCCCCGCCUGGUCCACGCGCGCCGGGGCCGCCACAUCCUCGCGCCCCGGGUGGCUCCGGAGCGCACUGCCGGGCGCGCUCUCCGGAGCUUGGGAGUCUGCGAUCUCGCGUGCUAGGGCUCCAGCAGUGACAGGCGAAGGGCGCGGCGGCGCUGCUCUGCCACCGGCUCCCGGCAGUGGGCGCCGGGGACCCGGCUCGGAGUGGCCCGGCUGAGCCGCGGGCGACCUACGCGCGUCCGGACCCUCGCGGCGGCUGCGGGGAGCUCGGGCCGCGGCUCCUCCGGCUCCAGUCUGGGCGCCCCGGGCCACUCGCUCACGCCGCCCAUGGGGAUCCGAGAGUUUCCCGGCGGCGCUCCCAGGGCCAAGAGCAUAGCUGUUGGCAUGAGGAGGUCACCGGACGUCAGCCCGCGGAGACUGUCCGACAUCAGCCCUCAGCUCCGUCAGCUCAAGUACUUGGUAGUGGACGAGGCGAUCAAGGAGGAUCUGAAAUGGUCGCGCUCUGUGGAGGACCUCACCAGCGGGCCCGUGGGACUCACGUCCAUCGAGGAGCGGAUCCUGCGCAUCACGGGCUACUAUGGCUACCAGCCCUGGGCGACGAGCUACAAAAGGGAGGAGCGCCCCCGGGAGCCCCCGGGCCCUGCAGAGGCCCAGGCGCCAGCUGGGACAGAGCCUGGUGGGAGGACGAGCCGGCAUCGCUGGACAUGUUCUCGAGAGCAGCUGAGGAAGGUCUUCUGGGGCGUGGCCGUCCUGCUCUGUGUAUGUGCCUCCUGGGCCGGCUCCACGCAGCUCGCCAGGCUGACUUUCAAGACCUUCGAUGCACCCUUCACCCUGACUUGGUUUGCCACCAACUGGAACUUUCUGUUCUUCCCACUGUAUUACGCGGGGCACGUGUGCAAGUCCACAGAGAAGCAGUCUGUGAAGCAGAGAUACAGGGAGUGCUGCCGGUUUUUUGGAGACAACGGCUUGACCUUGAAAGUGUUCUUUACCAAGGCAGCACCCUUUGGUGUUCUUUGGACUCUCACAAACUACCUGUACCUACACGCAAUAAAGAAGAUAAAUGCUACCGACGCCUCUGCUCUCUUUUGCUGCAACAAGGCCUUUGUGUUCUUGCUGUCAUGGAUCGUGCUCAGGGACAGAUUCAUGGGAGUGCGGAUUGUGGCCGCCAUCCUCGCCAUUGCAGGCAUUGUCAUGAUGACCUACGCAGACGGCUUCCACAGUCACUCCGUCAUCGGCAUAGCCCUGGUGGUGGGCUCCGCCUCUAUGUCAGCCCUCUACAAGGUUCUGUUCAAGCUGCUGCUGGGCAGCGCCAAGUUCGGGGAAGCGGCCUUAUUCCUGUCCAUCCUGGGCGUGUUCAAUAUCCUCUUCAUCACCUGCAUCCCCGUCAUCCUCUACUUUACCAGGGUGGAGUACUGGAACUCCUUCGACGACAUUCCAUGGGGAAACCUCUGUGGCUUUUCCAUCCUCCUGUUGACAUUCAAUAUUGUAUUAAACUUUGGAAUCGCAGUCACGUACCCCACGCUGAUGUCUCUCGGAAUUGUCCUCAGUGUGCCUGUGAAUGCAGUGGUCGACCACUACACCAGUCAGAUAGUCUUCAACGGGGUCCGGGUCAUUGCCAUCGUCAUCAUCGGCCUGGGCUUCCUCCUCCUGCUCCUGCCAGAAGAGUGGGACGUCUGGUUGAUCAAGCUGCUCACCCGCCUCAAAGUGAGGAAGAAGGAGGAGCCGACCGAGAGCAGUGGAGACCUGGGCGCAGGUCCCCAGAACAGGAGCAGAAGAGCCCGCCCAUCCUUUGCUCGCUGAGACCGUUCCUCUAGGGCUCUGGGACAUCCCUGGUAACAUUUUUUUUUUUUUUUUUUUGAGGUCUAUUCCUGAGGGAGGAACCUCGGCUGGGUGAGGUGUACAUACAUGU